UUUGAGAAAUUUACAGAAAAAAAGCAUCUUAACAUUAAAAAAAAAACUGAUUUUUCUCUAACAAAUUUGAUCUCAUCACUUUCAUGGUUUGAGCAUUGUAUCGUUAAAAAUCGAAAUAAACUUUUUCUCCCGUACAAAAAUAUAACAAUAAAUUUUAUUGUACUCGAAAUUCAACAGUAAACAUCGUUGUAAUUUCAUUAUUUUAUUAUAAUUAUUUUCUUCCGGGUGGAUUUAGUCGAACAUCGGAAAAAAGGGAUCGCCUAAAAAAGGGUUGGAUGUAUUUCAGUUACAUAAAACCAAAAAUUAAUAAGCUUCUUUAUCAUUAAUGAUCAGCGAUAAAAUAGUAAAGAUAGUUAAGAAGGAUUUAUCUUCUUCUUCUUAUUUUUAUUACGUCACCACCAGCGAAUCCAAACACAUAAAGCAACCAACGAUACAGACAAAACGGUUGCUACGACUACCAUGACAAACUCGCUCUGUAACAAAGCUCGAUCCGAGUGGUAGAAGGAUAAUGAUAUAUUACUUGCCUGCUUUGUUGCAAUAUACACGGAUGAGGACAUAGCUUGAUAUGAAUCGGGAAAAGACAUAACAAAAAAAUUCCCAUUAACACACGUGUAUCAUCUUCGGCUUUACUUCGUGAAGCAGCUUGCCAACAAUUUGCUCGUUUCCUUCUACCGCCCCGAAUGAGUCGGGUCGCACGAGCUGCUUGUCAUGAAAAAGAACGGUGAAGAUUAUAUCAUUAUUGUUUUCAACUUCUGACAUAGCGUUAUUAUUCGGUUCGUUGAUCGCUUGUUAUUUUGUCAUAUGGAGAUAUUUUUGAUUCCUUGGUCACCACUGAUUAAUUUCACAGGCUUUCAACUUAGUGUUCAUUGAGUACUACCACAGUUGUUUUGAGAGUUCUUUAGGCCUGUGCCAUUUUUGUAUUAGUAUUAUUGUAUGGCAAAGAACAGGGUGAGCCAGAGUAUGUCAUCGCUUUCUCAAAUAUGUGAUUCUCAAUGUGUAAAAUGAAUAGGGGAAAUGCCCCUAAUUUGGUCCCAUACUUAAAUUCAGCAAUCGACUAAAUUUUCAAUAUCGAUAUGGAUAUUAAGUACCGUUCCAAUGAUGCGUUCAUGUAGAUAAAAUUGAUAAAUAGCAGAUUUUUAGCGAUGGGCCCAUUCUUAGAUCCAUAGGCCAACAUUAGAGCCAUUUCCCUUAUAUGUUCAAGUUUUUUUUAAGUGUGUAAAAUGUCAGCUAGUAUUGAUAGUUGCAUUAUAAAUUUCAUUAGUUUUCGAUUUCAAGCAGCCAUGGACGAGAAACGGGAGGAUGUUAUAAAUGUAUGUAAUUUCUUGUGAUAUCUUAUCGAAACGGAAAUCUCUCCGAGUGAGUAAAGAAACCAUGCUUGAAAAACCCUUACAAAAUCAGGUAUUAAAUGCAUAGCCUGAUCUCCACAAGUACUGGAACUGAAACGUGCGUGCCAGCUCAGAUUCAUUUUCGUGACGAUUAUGGCUGGUAAUCAAAGCACCCUCCCCAUGGACUGAGGUUGACGGUACUGAAGCAAAGGGUUAUGUUUAAUCUAUUUAUAUUUGCAACGAUGAUGAUUUCCCAUAAUGCUUCAGUAUGCCUUAAUCGAUUAAUUGUUUGUUGUUAAUAGAACUUGCUUGAUGAAAUCGACUGCUUCAUGCAGACUGAGCAAUUCUGAUUAUAGUAUCAGAUUUGUUGUGUAUACAGAGGGAAUGGGAGUUUACCUGUGCGCCGCAAAUCCAGAGAAUCCGAAAAACAAUACGACCCAUGAAUGUUACAUCGACAGCCAAUAACCACUUUGCCACCCCUCCAGGAAAUGGCCAGAGUCUCAUACCAAAACCCAUAUCGUGACAACUAUGGUCAAUGUUGGUCAUAUUGUUUGUUCAAUAUCUUCAAAAACAUCGAGCCUUCAUCUAAACAACCUUACCUUUCCUGAUACUGUUUGAAAAGAUAAGAUGGUGUUUUCGGUAGCAAAUUUCAAAAGGCGUUGUCUAUAACAUGUCACAAACAUCAACACAAUAUUUGUAUUCAAUUUAUGUGACCUUACUUGAAUUCAAGUUGAAAAUGCGAUAUUUUUACGGCCACCAAAGUCAUACACCGGUGCACGCCGCCGCACAGUGGCACGAAUAUGAAUAAAGACGGUCAAAAAUAUUUUCUACCCUUUUUCGACGUUUUAGAGACUGGGUGUCUUGGGAGAAGUUGCUCAAAAUUAUAACUCGCAUCUUUUGAAAUACACACCUGAAUAAUCUUUAAGCUAGUAUUACACAUCCAAGUUCUAACUUUUUCCAGUUACGAGAUAAUGGUUCCAUGUCUUGGACAAAGUUGCAGCGCAGUUGAUUUCAUGAACAUUUGCCAAAGACACCAAAUUUCUACAUCAUAUCUCUGUAGAGCUAUAAUAGAUUUUCUUUUAAGACUACCUUAAUAUUGGUUUUUUAAGUUAAUUAGUGCUUUUUUCAAAUUUGAUCAAUUUAUGAUGUUCUAAGAAAUUGUUGGCAUCAUUAAAAUAUACAACUUUGCUGAAUACACCAAUGCUUUCCAUUGACAUCCAUGUGAUAUACAGCCCAUCAAGCGUUUUUGUGACGUCAUAUUCAACGGCUUGAAAAGAGGGUGGGCGGGCCCUGGCGGGGUCUAAAACUGGUUGUAUUUUGAAGAUAACCUUAUAAAAUAGUACUUCUGAAAAUUUCAGCGUUGGGUACUGAGGGGUACCUAGCCAAAUCUCGAUUCGAAAAUGUCAAUAUUAUAUACAGCCUAUCGAACGGUUUUGUGACACCAUAUUGAACGGCCCGAAAAGAUGGUAGGCGGCACCUGGCAGGGUUUAAAACCGAUUGAAUUUCGAAGAUUACAUUAUAAAAUAAUACUCCUGAAAAGUUCAGCGUUAGGAGCUAUGAAUCAAUGAUUUUAACCUACACAUGUUUGAACUUGCAAAUUAUUUAAAUUGUGCUUGAAAAUGAAAAUGAAAAUGAUUUUGAUUUCUCAUGUUAUUCUGCAUUUGAUUUUGAAUCGCAUGAGGGAUUUGGUUCAAGUCAUAAUGUGUCCAUUUCCUUGGGGGCAUCCAAAACAUAUCUGGACUUGAAAAAAUUGAUGCUUUAUAAUUUAUAUAUAAAUAUUAUUAUUUUAAUCUUUCCGUAUAUUUAAUGAAGCUGUAAAUGUUAAAUGAAAUAUCACAGUAAUGGCAUUGUGCAUAUAUCUUUUAUGCAUUUUUAUUUUCAUGUUUUACUUACUGCUACUUUAUAACCUGCAGUUUAUGCAAGCUUUUUUGCAGACACAAUGAUUCAACGUAUCAUAAUGAUUUGUUUGAAAUUAUGUGUGGUAAUAUUUAUUGUAAUGUACCUAAAUUAAAUACCAUUAGAAAAAAAAAAAUACUGUGUAUUUGGUAGAUAUAUUCGACUCUUUAUAAUUAUUUUCGACGCACAGUGAUUAAAAACAAUAGUCUUUAUAAAAAAAUUGAUGUUAAGUUAAGUGAUAAAAAGUAUCAUUAAGUGGUAAUAAAAACAACAACGAUAAAAUAAGUGAUAAGAAUUUUUAAGUGAUAAGCGGAAUUGAUCAAAACAAAUCGAAUUGAAGAAGAACCAAGAAAAAAUGGCAUCAACACCAGUACAAAAUGGUUACAAUAACAAAGAUUUUGUUGAAAAGACCAUUGUUAAUCUACCAAAGCAUAAACAAAUGUCUGCUUUGGAAAAAAAAAACGCAAUGCCUAAUGGGUACAAAGUUUCGCCAAAAAUUUCACCAUCAGCAGUUAGCGAUAAAGCCAGUAUUGAUUAUCAUUUGGAAAAUUUCAUAAUGAAUCGCAAAAUAGCACUGAAUGGUGGCAACGAACUAAGAAUAGAUGAUAAAAAUAUAUCAUUGCACAUAAAUAAUGCGUUCGUUACAACGUUUGCCUCGCAACAUUCGCAAAAGCAACUUGGAUAUGACAACACUAUAAAGGGUAAUUCCAACAACGGCAGUUCGUUUCCUCAUCCUAAAAGACCUCAUAGUAUUGCUGUUGAACCACAAUUGCAACGAAUAAAAAGUAAUGAUGAAAAAUCAAACUUCCAUAUAAAUGCUGGUAAUGUAAUACAACAAGAGCCUCUUUAUAAUGCCUUUUAUUCAACGAUACAAAAGAACAGCGAGCAUCGGUCCAUAGCAUCCCCAAUAAGUUCACUAAAAACAACUAAACAGGAAGGUGACAUUUAUACAUUACCUGUACCGGUUACUGCACACUCCAAUUCAAUGGUACCCCCAGCAGUACCUCAAAGACGAUCGCAGAGCAUCCCUAGACAAAAUACAACUAACAGCAGUAACACCCCUCCUGUAUUACGUCCUAGAAGCUUAGAUCGCAAUACUCCAUUGGCUCAGCAGCAACCUCCGAUCAAGCGUUUGUCACAACCUGGUUUACCCAAUAUGCGAAUUCCAAAUGCACCUGGAAUGCGUCAAUCUAUUACAUUUCACGGUCAGUUGUUCGAUCAAGGUGUUAUUUAUAGCAAUAUGAAUGAACUAGCUGCAAAGAAUGUGGGAUCGAUUGAUAGAAAACAACCACGCCCGAUUUCAUUCGCAUAUGGCACCGUUCCGGACCAAGCAUUUUUAGAGAAACAGCUGCGAAUAUACUCCGAGCAGCUUCGUACAAUAACAGAAAGCGUGAAGCGAUAUUCAGAACAAGCCAAGUUGUUGCAGGAAUUGAAGAAACAAAAACAACAAAACAGCAAUCAUAGUACAACUCCCAUGUCGAAGCAGCAUCCAACAUUGCAGCCCUCGCAAACACCUCCUCCUGGGGAUAUUGUGAACGAAGAAGUACAAACACCUUCUCACCAGUUGAAAUUAUUUCUGGAAAGUAUUCGUAGCUCAAUGCGCGAACCAGAAAUGAACGAUGAAUCUUAUGGCCAUGACGAUGAUGACGAAGAAGGUAAAGGAAUAACUGAAACUGUCGAACCGGAUAAAAUACCCACGAAAACGGAUAAUUUCCGAAAAGAAUCAUCUGGUGAUGUAAAAACUCCUUCAGAUCAGUUGCGGCAGUUUUUAGAUGCUAUUAGAUCAAACCAACCGGAUACUAGUAAAACCGAUCUUAAACACUUGUGUAACAAUAAUGUGAAGUCAAAAUCACUGGAUAAUGCAACGAUUAUUAUUACUUCAGUUAAUGAGAUAGAUGCCAAAAAUAAACCAAUGGAAAAGCUGAUCGACAGUAGUGUCGAACCGAAAAAUGAUUUAAAACCAUUCGAUGUUAAAAAUCAGGCAAAGUUAUCGAUCAACAUUGCGAAAACAUCCAAAACGGUCGAUCAAAUUUUAGACAAGUUUCUUCUUCUUGCAUUGAAUGCAAAGAGUGCGGAUUCAGUCGAAUAUUUGAAAAAAUGUUCGGAUGCAUUAAAACAAACAUCUGAGCAAAUACGAUUGUUCAAUAUGGCAUACGGAGGUAGUAAUGGUAGCAGUUUUAAUGGAACUGAAGUAUGCAAAAAUUCAUCAGAUGACAGCUCGUGUAGUAGUACUACACCUGGCUCCAUACGCGAAGCAGUGCAAAGCUUAUUAACACAACCCAGAAAUGGGUUCCAAAUCAUGGAUGAUCGAAUGGCGCUUUUCAUUGAUAUUCUUGACACGCAGGAUAAAUUCAGUCAGGACCUACAAUCUGAGAUUGAAUCACAUCGUGUAGUGUAUGACCGCUUGGACAAUACUGGUAGAAAACUGUUAGGAUCAUUAACGUCACAAGAAGAUGCUGUAAUGUUGCAACGUCGUUUGGAUGAGAUGAAUCAGAGAUGGAAUCACCUGAAAUCAAAGAGCAUUGCUAUAAGGAAUCGCCUAGAGUCCAACUCUGAGCACUGGAAUGCAUUGUUGUUGUCUUUGAGAGAACUUAUUGAGUGGGUAAUUCGCAAGGACACUGAGCUAACUUCUUUAGGAAUAGGUCCAAUGAAAGGAGAUGCUGCCAGUUUGCAGAAACAGAUGGACGAUCAUCGAGCAUUUCGUCGUCAACUAGAAGAUAAACGACCGGUGGUAGAAAGCAAUCUGCUUAGUGGUCGUCAAUAUGUUUCAAACGAGCCACCAUUGUCCGAUACCAGUGAUUCAGAAGGUGAUUAUAAACCUUAUUUUUUGUUUUAGGCUACUAGGUAAUAUCCCAACUGGAACUUCAGCUCACAUUCUUAGGUCAGGUGGUGUG